AUGUCGAGCACGUCCGCCAAGCGUCCUUCAGCCAAGCGCGCCCAUCCCAAGUACAGCGAGAUGGUCGGCGCCGCCCUCAGGGCCCUCAAGGAGCGCAACGGGUCCUCUCGCCAAGCCAUCCUCAGGUUCAUCCUUGCUUCCUUCCAGGUCGGGGACGAGAGGGUCGCCGGCGUGCACCUGAAGCAGGCGCUGAGGAGGGGCGUCGUCGGCGGGUCCCUGCAGCAGACCAAGGGCACCGGCGCCUCCGGCUCCUUCAAACUUUCAAAGGAGGAGCUGAAGAAGGCUGUGCCCAGGAAGGACUCGGCAAAGAAACCCAGCGCUAAGACUGCCACAAAGAAACCCAACGCUAAGACUGCCACAAAGAAACCCAGCGCUAAGACUGCCACAAAGAAACCCAGCGCUAAGACUGCCUCGAAGAAACCCAGUGCUAAGACUGCCACAAAGAAACCCAGCGCUAAGACAACCACAAAGAAAGUCCCCACUAAGAACGGAGCAACAAAGAAACCAACAACAAAGAAGGCGAUAUCAAAGAAACAGACUGUCAAGAAAACAGCAACAAAGAAACAAACCACAAAGAAUGGGGGGAGCUAA